AUGAUUGUGUAUGUCUGCUUCGCAUGCUUCAUCAAGAAAGCCGAGAUAAGUAGUGUGAGCGCAAGAAACAUUCUACGAUCUUUGAUAGUGAUUAGUUUGUCUACCGUAUUCGGUUGGCUAAGCACAAUGAUCGCGUCGUACGCAGGAAGGUAUCUGAGUAGUGCGGCUUUGCACAACUUCCUUCAACAACCAGGCACAUCUGCUGACGACUUCUGCAAAAACAUGGGAUAUUGUUAA